UCACGGAUGGAUCAGGCAGUGGAACCACUUAGUCGAUUGCGGGUGCAGACUGCUGCUGCUUUCUUGCAAGCUUCCGGCUCACAGCCUCUCACCGACCUGUCUCCUCCAUCACUGUUUAAAAUUCACCACCCUGACAGUGAGGACCUUGCCUUCCUGUAUGGAACUAUAUUAACAGAUGGAAAAGAUGCUUACACCGAGGACCCAACCACCAACCUCUGUGUGUUUGCAGAUGAACAGGUUGACAGGAGCCCUACUGGCUCGGGAGUGACAGCCCGGGUUGCUCUGCAGUAUCAUAAAGGACUUCUGGGACUGAACCAAACCAGAGCCUUCAGAAGCAGUGCGACCGGCUCCGUGUUCACAGGGAGUGCCGUGCGGGUGAGUGACGCCUUCAGUUCUGGGUUGCAAAUGUGCUGCUUAGGAGGCUGAACGGGCUGAGCUGCCUGCUGGGUAAGUUUUCUCUCUCAGCUCUCAGAGGGGAAUU